AUGUUCUCCAAAUGCUGGAUAUCCAGGCAUCCCAGCUUCGGCGCAUGGAAUCUUCAAUCAACCAUAUUUCACAAGCAAUUAAUUUUCAGCAGGACUUUGUCUUACACCAAGGAUUCUCCUGUGACGGUGGACAUUCACAAAGAGAAAGUUGCUAGAAGAGAAAUUGGUAUCUUGACUACAAACAAAAACACCUCAAGAACUCACAAAAUCAUUGCACCAGCUAACUUGGAGCGACCAGUUCGCUACAUCAGGAAACCUAUUGAUUAUACAAUUCUAGAUGAUAUUGGACAUGGAGUGAAGGUCAGCACCCAGAACAUGAAGAUGGGUGGGCUGCCUCGCACAACACCACCCACCCAGAAGCCACCAAGUCCACCAAUGUCAGGAAAAGGAACUAUUGGGCGGCACUCCCCGUACCGCACACUGGAGCCGGUGCGGCCCCCGGUGGUGCCCAACGAUUACGUGCCGAGCCCGACGCGCACCAUGGCCCCGGCCCAGCAGAGCCCCGUCAGAACCGCCUCGGUCAACCAGCGCAACCGCACCUACAGCAGCAGUGGCAGUAGUGGAGGAAGCCAUCCAAGUAGUCGGAGCAGCAGUCGAGAGAAUAGUGGAAGUGGAAGUGUAGGUGUUCCCAUUGCUGUUCCCACACCAUCUCCUCCUAGUGUCUAUCCAGGUCACCCAGUUCAGUUCUACAGCAUGAACAGGCCUGCAGCUCGGCACACGCCCCCGACCAUCGGGGGGUCUUUGCCGUAUCGGCGGCCUCCUUCCAUCACAUCCCAGACGAGCCUUCAGAACCAGAUGAAUGGGGGCCCCUUCUACAACCAGAACCCAGUUUCAGAUACUCCUCCCCCUCCACCGCCUGUGGAUGAGCCAGUGUUUGAUGAGUCUCCACCCCCACCCCCACCUCCAGAGGAUUAUGAGGAGGAGGAAGCAGCUGUGGUGGAGUACAGUGAUCCCUAUGCUGAGGAGGACCCUCCCUGGGCACCGAGGACAUACUUAGAAAAGGUGGUGGCAAUCUAUGACUACACCAAGGACAAGGAAGAUGAGCUCUCAUUUCAGGAAGGUGCCAUCAUUUAUGUCAUCAAGAAGAAUGAUGAUGGCUGGUAUGAGGGGGUCAUGAAUGGAGUGACGGGGCUGUUCCCAGGGAACUAUGUGGAGUCAAUCAUGCAUUACUCAGAGUGAAGACCAGAGGACAGAACACUGCAUCUCCUGCUGCAGGAGCUGUCAGGGCUUCCCAGAUCUCCACCAGCCUCUGGGACCCCGUCCAGUAUAACUGAAUGAAGGAUAAUUGUAACAACCACUCUUCUGGGUUUGGUUUGGUUUUUUUUUAUUUUCCCCCCCACAAUAAGACAAUAGUGAUUUGAGUUAUUUGAACAAAUGGCUCUUCAGCUGCCAGCAGAGGCUAUCCUGAGCUAUCUGACUUUGAAUUAAGCUGACCCAUUCAGAUGUAACAAACUUGUUGAUUAGCUCAUACUUCACUCGAAUUCUGACUUUUGACAGGCCUUGGGAUCUGUCUCAGGAAUCCUGUGUGCCCUCACGGUACUUAUAUUGGAAGCAGUGCCUGGCACUGGGGAUGUCCUGGAUGCUUGUGGUGAAGGUUACUGGCCAGUGAGCAUCCCUCCUGUUUCUACACUACACUCCUGUGCAGCUGGAAGGACAGUCAUGUGCUAGAAAACACUGGGAUUUCUACACAGAGACGUUCCUGUAACUGACUUCCAGAUAGCUGGAUGCAUCUUUAGCAUAAGCACUUCUGCAGCUGCUCUGCACAUGUAGGCUGACACAGGGCACACAGAGCCGGCUUUCAUUCACUCACCUUUCAGUUUAGACAAUUCAGAUGGCUGCAGCCCAGAGGACCACCACCCCCAUUUCUCAUCUUCUGAAUGCCACAUAUUUGUUUUGUGUUCUGCACAAAAAAAAAAGAAAAAAAAAAGUAAAAAAAAAAAAAAGUGUGCUCCUCUCCACAGCGAGCUCCUUGCCACGGUUGCUGCCGGUUCAAACAGAACUCACAGAUGCCGUUGAUGGUGAAGGCAAAACAAAGUUUACAGGUCCUCCUGGGGUCUGAGGAUUAACUCUAGGGGGUGUGAUCUAAGGUUCAAAUCUACUCAUGCCUGCUUGCACUAGAGAAACUUGCCCCCAACUUUAGUUUUAUGCACAAUAUAAUCUUAAAAAUCCAAUCAGGUAUUGUAAAUUGGCUAUUUUGUACUUGAUGACUAGAUUUGCAUAUGUACUGUGAGAGCCCUGUGCAGAGGCAGGACAAACGACAAUUGUCGUCUUCAUGUCUGUUGCCAAAAUCUCUUCAGCGGAAGCAAAAAGGGCUGUUGUGUGUACUGGUUUCCCAUGGAAAUCCAAGCAGUAACUAGUAGUAGUCCUAGCUCUUCCCCUAGCCCUCUCCACUGUUUAUUAUAAUAGAUAUUUUGAGCUGUACUGGUGGCUUGGGGUGGAGUAAUACCAAGUGAAGGCUCUGUAGCCCCUUGCGAUGAUACUUUGCUUCCUAAUCUAGUUCAUUUAAAAGUUCUGCUCAGUGAUUGUACACAGCAGAUCACUGUAAGUGAUGGUUGUACUUGUCUGCCCAUAGGAACAUCUGAAUGUUACCUUUGGGUAAAUAUUAUGCAUUUACUAAUUAAAUUUCCUGUUAAGUCUUGUUAGUCUGCAAAUUGAGCUGAUCUUGUAUUAUGAGAGUCUCCUGGGCAAGGGCAUCUUCCUGGGCAACUUUAGGCUGUCACCUGGCCAAUUUGUAGCUGGUAGCAAGAGUAGCUUGUCCAAGGUGAGGCAAGGCUGCAGCCAGAAAGGCCGGUAUUCAAUCAGAGUACUGCUACUACCUUGGUAGGUAGCGCAGUGCCAGCAUGAAGGUGCAGGUUUGGUGCCAGCCUGGGCAGGGAGAUGCCAUAGCUGCUCAGAGGAAAAGAAGGAAGAAACAAAUGAGUGUUUGUAGGCCAUAGAGGAAUAUGAUCACCUGCUGUGAGCUUGUGGAACUCCUGUGACAGUGUGCAAGAAACUGGUUUGGUUAAAGUCUGCAGGAAGGACAAUUGGAAGAAAUUCAUGUGCAGAUAGAAGUCGCUUUCUCCCUUGCUAAUCCACAUGUUGUCUUCUUUCUGGAAGCUGACAGCAUUGUUUGGGAUAGUGCCAGAACAAAUACCCUUUAAGCCAUUUACUCUGAAAAGUUUUCUUGCAGCAAGACUGAGAAGUAGCUGUGUUCAGUUGUUCCCUCAGCCCAUCAUUUCUGUGGAAGCAAGUCCAGAACCACUGGUUGUGCAGUCACUGGAAUAAUUGUUUCUAGUGUCAUUGGGCAGGUCUAAGCUUUUGGCGCAGGGAGGUGGUGCUUGUAGCAAAGGUGAUUGAACAGCAGCAUUGACAAGCCUUUAGUGCUUUUAGGGGGGGCUGUGUUUUCCAGGAAUAUCAGAGCUUUCCUGGCUUCUCUUGGCUUGGAUAUAUUUGAAGCAAAAACAGAGCCCACAGUGCUCAAAUGCAUCAUAAGGGCAGCUUAAUGAGUUCCUAAGUGAGAGCUGAACCUCUGCCUGCGCACCCAAACUGCAGCUGGCAGGUCACACUUCAGUGAAACGUGUGUCAACCCACUCUGAGCAAGAGCUUGUGCUUGAACACUUCUGGCACGUGGGUGGGGUAGUGUGUACUCCCACUGUGUCCGAUACUUAAUCUUCAAUCAGCUGGUUUUUUGUCUUGCAAGUUUUCUGUGUUGUGAGAGCAGAGCAGUGUAAUACGAAUGCUUGCCAGAGCCCAGCACAGAAGAUGAGACUGCAAAACCUUGAAAGUGGAAAUGUGUGACAGCUCCUCAAGAAUUGGCUUUGGUCUGAUGCACCAGGGGUUAGUUUGGUCCCUGCUUGAUAGUACAUGGAAUUGUUUAUUGUGCAAGAACUGCUGUGGAUGGAAUUUCUGGGUCACCUCCUGCUGGUUUUAUGCUUUAUUAUGCAGUACUAAUGUAAAGAAAUUUGUUGAGUUUUAUGCAUAUUUUUAUUUUGUACAGAUUUUAAUUCUGUUGCUUGUUUGGGGAUGAUGUGAUGUAAUGGUCAUAGACCAGGCCAAGGUAAACAGGCUUUGUAUAUUAGUGUUACAUAGAUUGCAUGCUAGUAAAGUCAGUGAGGGUUGUGUUUCCAGUUUUGUCCUGUGUACUUCUCCUUGUCCAAAACCUUCUCUUCCCCACCCCUUUUUAAUUUACAGGUUUACUUUAAAAGGGGGUGGCAAAUCGGGGGUGAGGAGAGAAACACCUCAGUAUUUUAAAUAAGGUGCACAACAUCUCUUCACUGCUGAGUUUUGCUGCCACAGCUCAUGGUGUUCUGCAUCACAGGCUGUUGAAGCGGGAGUGUGUAUGUAUGAGAGGUGGGGGAAGGAGACACUCCAGCAUAGCCCAAAGAGUUUUGCUGAAUGGCCAAAAUGUAUAUGUUUCUCCCUUUGUGAGAACUGCCUUAGCCCAGCCAGCUGUUUUCAUUGUGCACAGAAAUUGUUCAGCAUCCUCUAGCGGUGUAUGUUGCCUUGGUUUACUGUGUAUCAAAGGUUUCUUCCUUCCUCUUGGCACCAGGGACAAAGCUAUUAACUACAGCUGCCUCUCUGUAAUGUGCCUACAUGAGAGGAGAUCUGACCGAGUCUGUCCACAUCUAGUGCUGAAGCAGGUUCAUUUUGGUGCCUUCAUUCCAGCCGAAGAGAGAUAGCUGAGGUUGCAUAUGUCUCACCCAUUCUUUCCCCUCCUUUUCCCCUUCCCCUCAGCUGCUGUAGCAGAGGGCUGAGAGGGGCAGGAGAGGCAGCCAGCAAGUUCCAGGCCCGAGUGUCCUGAGGGUGUCCAUGUGCAUUGACUGGAGUAGGCACCAGAGCAAUGCCGGAUCUCUUGCUGGUCUGGCUGGUUAGACACAAACAUGCAUUGAAGGGCCACUGCUCUCACUGGAGGACAAGAGGUGUGGCUUGGACCUGAGGUAGAUGACAGAGCUUGGUAUGUGUUAUCAGGAGGCUGAAGGUGUUCCUGGAAUUCAGCUUGUCCCUGUAGAUGGUUGAAGUUGGAUGAAAGUGUCUGGAGCUGUCUGCUGGUGUGAGCCACAGGUCCCAACAGGUCCUGUGGUGUGUGGCUGGCUGGCUUACCCGUGGAUGCCAGAAAGGCAUAGACUCUGCUAGUUCUUGCUCGAGCAGUUUGUUCUCCUUUCACAGCUGCUGGGCAUUUUCUUUUCUUGCUGCUGAGGGUUCUUGGUGAUAGCCAAAGUUGACAGUGGCUGUAAUGGACCUUCUGAAAAGUGCCACUUUUACCUGGGGUAUUUCAGUUGAUCAUGAAAAGAAAGCGAGGAGGCAGCAGGACUGAGGAACCUUUUCCAGCAGAGGGUGUGUGGGCUGCCUGCCUACUGUGCAUGUGCACAUUGAUGACUUAGUGGAAGAGGACUGUGCACUGAUACUGUUGAGCUUCUUGGUGUCUCUCACCUGUGCUUGAUGGUGACUUAAUGCUGUGCUCUUCCUAGCAACUCCCACUACUUCAUAGCAGAUGCUGUGGAUGCAAAUCUCUGCUGGAAACAAACUUUUUUGUUCCAUCUGUGGGCUCCAGGCAUAAAGCAAAACCUUCACCUCUUCCUUUCUGGAAAGGAUGGAACUUUAUGUGGUUUAGUAAACUGGAUGCAUUUACAGAGCUUCUCCUCCCCGAGGUGCAACAGAACAUUUUGUGAAGCAGGUGAUAUCUGUAUUCUCUGCAGGCCCCCUUUUGGAAGCUGCUUAGAGAAUGCUGUUGAAAAGACCACAGUGCUGUGGCUUUACUAGGAGCAGCAGUUGUGUUCAGAGUAUUAAGUGUCACUGGUGAAGCACUGCAGCAUUUUGGGCAGCAUUACAAACCCCAUGCAGAGACUUCAGUACCUAUGUUGGCAACCGUGGCAGUGGAAAAUGUACAGCACUGUUGCAUUCUCUAAGGCAAGUAUUUACAACACUAAGCUCUAGGGAAGGUGGUGGUGGAAACAGCACCAGCAGGAUCAUGGGCUGCAGCUUCUGGGGUGCCAGCCACAAGAAUUUACUGUGCAUAUUCACCUUCCCCAGCUUCUGGCAUCUCCCACUAUUUGGCACAGCUGCAUUUUGUGGAUAAAAUAGUUAUUACACAGAGGUCAGGACAGUACAAGAAGGGAACAAUGUGUGGUUUGUUUUGGGGAUUUGCCCCCACAGUAGCUGAAGUCAAUGUGUAGUAGCAGCCCUAUUUACCUAUUUCUAAUGUUAAAACUUCAAGCAUAGCAACGCCUCAUGUCCACGGGGAUGUGUUGAAAGCUUCAUUCAGCCAAGGUUUGACAACUGCUGUUAGAAAGAAUAAUUCACAGAUCAUGGUGUUCUGCUGCUUUCAUUUGAAAUAAAACCCACCCAUGUGUUUUGUGUAAUCUCCAGCCCAUGUGGGAAGAAGUUUGGGGGAUUUUUUGGUACUCUAAAUAUACUAAUUGUAUUAGACAUAUAACAAGACAGUGAUGGCAGCAGCAGCCUGCUUUCCAGAGGUAAUCCUACACCCAGGACCCUGCUGAACACUGAUAUGGGGACCCUGCUGAAAUGGGUGCAGUACAUUUGUUGCAGUUUCUCUUUAUACCUCCGAAGAAUCCUACCACUACUGACUAAUAGGAAGAGCUAUGUACAAGUUUAUUUCCAUUACAGCGCCUCGGUAAGUGCUGACAUGUCCAAGAUUUUUUUGUAAAGAACAAGUGCUUCUUUUCACAUUUGAAAAAGUGUCUUUUGCAACUUGCAUGGACAAGUAGUUUCUAUGAAUUCUCUGGAGAUGUCAGUGUCUAACAUGGAUUUUGUCCAUGCACUUUUUUCUGAAAGCAGAUACCCCCCGCUUUGGUUUGCAGUUGGAGCAGCACGCUGUGCUUUUGCUUUGGCACUGCUGAUGCAGUGGAUGGAUGCAGACCCCACUGUAAAUGACCAAGCCCACAGGACUCUGGGGAGCUGUAUGCCGCCAGUAAAGUUUUAGUGUGUGUGCCAUUUGAACCACCUUCCAGUGAGUGCAAAACCCAAUUUUUAAAUUUUUUUAAUUGUACUUGGAAUUAACUGUUGCUGUGUACUAAACCCUCUUGUUAUGAGCCCUAAAUAAAAAGAACAAAGCACACCUCAUGUGUUCUGUGA